AUCUGUUUUCAUUCUUCAUUCUCUCGCUCAUUCUUCUUCUAAAACUCAUUCGAUUCCAAUCCUCGACCUUCGCUCUUCAGUCUUUUAUUCUAAUUAUUAUCACAUACAUUCAUAUUCAACCAUGACAGUCAUUCAUGCCUCGCAGGACUUGUAUUCUGCUUCUAACGGUCAGAGCCAUACGCUCGAUCACAUUCCUGUCAACAAGCAUUUCAAGAGAACCCAACCGGUCGCAUUUGCACAAGAAAAGUUCCAACAUCUGACUCUUUAUACCGGUAACACAAUCCGAACAGGCACCACAGGGCAAUUGAAUGUCUCUCUUAAAAAGUCGAAUCAAGAGCUUGUCUCCGCAGUCGAGGAAUCGCUGUUCUCUUCCCUCGUUUCUGCUCGGAUCAACGGAACCACAUUACAAUUGCAGACGCCGCCUCUCUUGGCGCAUUGGACGGUGAUAGAUCCAAGUACGACAUCACAGAAUCUUCAAACUGCACUGGGUGCAUCAAGUCAUGUGAUCGAUCACUUCAUCCUUGCAAUCCCCAAUCAGACUUUUGAUGAAAAUGGACUCGAUGAGGCAGACCUUGAGGCAUUCACAAACGAUGUGGAGCAACUUUAUUUGCCUAUCUGGAAGCGAUUAUCAGAACUCCGCACAGGCGGUCAAAUUGGACGGUUGGGUCAACUUGAAGCUUUCAAGACGGUGGCACUGAAUAAUGGAGCUGCGGCACCAGAGAUUGAUCAAGUCAAUCUGGAUGACUGUUGUGUCCUUCCUAAGGACUUGAUUGAAUAUGCAAAGGCGGAAGGCUCGAAUCUUGACCCACGUUUGUCUACACUGUCUUCUUUGUUACGGCCUCACUUGCCUGUCACCUCAGAUUCGACCUUAACCCCCAACUUUGUCCUCAAGUACUCUGCGCUUCUUUCUGGACGCGGAUUGCUCGUUAGGAAAGGAUAUAUUGUCAAUGCUAUUGCCGUGUAGUAAAAAUAGAUAAGAUAAAAAUUGCCAUUCAUUAAACUAAGA